AAUAUGUAAACAAACCUAUUAGCCCAUGCCUGUGCUCCUAUUUGCGGGGCACUUGUAGAGGAGUCUUGCUUCCAGCGGCUCACACACGAAGAAUGGGCGUGAGUUGUCCCUCGAAAGGGGUACCCAGAGAAUCGUGCUUUCAUUUUUCCUCUCUUCCAACAAUCUGAGCUCUCACUUCUGUCUGCGAAAGACAGUGAACACAAGAGAGGGAUGGAGAGCACAGGAUUUACAAAAUCGACCGUUUAAAUCAUCUCCCAAAAUCUACUAAGACGCACAGGAGGGAGGGGAGCCUAAGUGCGUCUGUGUCAAGGAGCGAGGGAGCAUCGCAGUCAGAGAACGAGAGAAAGGAAGGGAGAGGAAAAGGGGGGGAGCUGAGCCUGGACCAGGUGAUCAAUAAACCUCCAAGGGGCUGCCGGGGUUGUCUCAUUGUACCCUGGAUCCAGUGAUCCAACCAUGGUGCCAGCGCGCUGCCCGGGAACCUGUGCCGUCCUGGCACUGGCUCUCUACUUGGGAUGCGGCGUGGUCCUGUGCUCCGGCCAGAACGACACGGAGCCCAUAGUGCUGGAGGGGAAGUGUCUUGUGGUGUGCGACUCGAACCCUUCCUCGGACGGAGCGGUGACCUCCUCACUUGGCAUAUCCGUCCGCUCCGCAGGGGCGAAAGUGGCUUUUUCCGCCGUGCGUGGAACCAAUCAUGAGCCGUCGGAGAUGAGCAACACGUCAAUGACCAUCUAUUUUGACCAGGUUUUAGUGAACAUCGGCAAUCAUUUCGACCUAAAAGCGAGUGUUUUCCAGGCUCCAAGAAGGGGGAUCUAUAGUUUCAGCUUCCACGUUGUGAAGGUGUACAACAGACAAACUAUACAGGUCAACCUAAUGCAAAACGACUAUCCCGUCAUAUCAGCUUUCGCGGGAGACCAGGACGUUACAAGAGAGGCGGCUAGCAACGGUGUACUGCUGAUGGUGGAACGUGACGACCGGGUCUACUUAAAGCUGGAGCGGGGUACCCUCAUGGGCGGAUGGAAAUACUCCACCUUCUCAGGCUUUCUAGUCUUUCCUCUAUAAUCCCACCGUCGAGGAUCGGUACUCUGCUUAAGUUAAGGAACAAGAACAACAACAAAAAAAUAUAUUGAAAAACAUGCCAUUUAUUUUUCAAACUGUCAGCCAAGGAAGCCGACGAAUAUCUGUACACUCCGUCCAACUCUAUAGUCAAAUAUCAACGUUUCCUGGGAGUUUCAUAUAUUCAAACCCAUCAACUUUUACGCAGUCUGGAUGACUAAACGUCUCGAUCUGGCCAGUGGCUGGCAUGUGCUUGUCGAGUGUGUGGAUUUUUCCCCCUCUUUGCCUGGAAAACAAACUUUUGGGCAACAUGGACAAAGGAAAGAUGAGGAUAAGGAGAACAAAAACUGACUGUGUUAUGCUUUAUUUAUGUUUGUAUAGCCUUAAAGAAUUUAUGGUGAAGUAUCCACGGAAUCAUGGACAACCUGGAAGAGAGAAGCGCUUUCACGCCAAGGGGCUGUUUUUUCCCCUUUUCCUUUUUUUUCUUUUUCAUUUUUCAUUUUUUAUUUUUAUUUUUUUUUUUUUGCACGAAUGGAAGUUUCCCCUUUUUAUGUUUUUUGUUGUGGUGUCUAUGGUGUUGCGUUUGGAUGCCGAACAUAUUGAAAAUAACCCAAAAUGUAGGCAGCCGAUGAGUUUAUUAUAAGAGAGAAAGAAAAAAAAAGGCGAUAUAUUUCAGCCUCAAGAGGUGUCUUAAAACCCUUUUAUUUAACAACAAUAACAAUAAUUUAAACAAGAAAAGAAGAUAUCUAAUUUAUGAAGUACAUAUUCGCAGUACUAUGUGUUCUACAUUUCGGGAUCUGCGUAGCUUUGACUGAUUUUAAUGUUCAGUGACUUUGCUCACUUAAUGUACAUUGUGGAAAAAUAAUAGAAGAAUCCCUAUAUACAUGUCCCGCUUAAUAAAUGAUAUUGUAUUGUA